UCCUCCCCACCUUCCUCCUCUCUUGGCUCACGUCUUCUAUUAAAAUCUAAUUUCCCCAAAUUCCAAUUCCAAAAUCCUCAGAUCCACCGGCAAACAUGUCAUCCCCACCCGUACUUCCGAUCUCAAACGUCGAAUCCCAAUCGCAAUCCCAAUCCCAAGCCCCGAUCGCCACCCCAGCCUUCCGCUCCUUCAUAAACCACAUCUCCGAAUCGGUCCGCCAAGGCCUCGCCCAGCGCCGUCCCUGGACGGAGCUCGCCGACCGAUCCGCCUUCUCCAAGCCCGAUUCCUUCUCCGAGGCCGCCCUCCGCGUGCGGAAGAACUACUCCUACUUCCGCGUCAACUACCUCACCGCCAUCGCUCUCGUCCUCGCCUUCUCGCUCUUCUCUCACCCGAUGUCGCUGCUCGUUCUCCUCGGCCUCCUCUCCGCCUGGCUCUUCCUCUACCUCUUCCGCCCUUCCGACCAGCCCCUCGUCCUUUUCGGCCGCACCUUCUCCGACAAGGAGACCCUCGGGAUCUUGAUUGUCACCAGUUUGUUUGUCGUCUUCCUCACCACCGUUGGAUCGCUCCUCAUCUCGGCUCUCCUAGUCGGCGUAGCCGUCGUCUGCGUCCACGGCGCUUUUAGGGUUCCGGAGGACCUCUUCCUCGACGAGCAGGAGAGUUCCGCCUCCACCGGUUUCCUCUCCUUCCUCGGAGGCGCUGCCUCCAAUGCCGCCGCAGCCGCCGCUCCCGUAGUCGCCGCCGCACGCGCCUGAUUCGAUGGAUCAAUUGAAAGUUUAGCGUUCGGUACACAAAUAAAUAUGAAAUUGAUUUUUUUUUUUUCCCACAAUUUUCUUAUAUAUUAUGGAUCUAUGAUCUUUGAUUCAAUUUUAGAUAGAAUGUGAAACUUCUGGCUAUGGAUCUAUAAGUUCUGUAUUUUCUGAAUUGAUUUAAUGUGAUACCAAUUUGUUGAUUCA